UACCUACUAAAUUGUAUAUUGGAUAGAAGGAUUCCCAACUCACAUCUGACGCAUUCAUGUCCUGAUUCGGAGAGGCACAACCCUAUCUAAUUUCUGUCUUGCUUCCGCUAGGGAACCUUACCUAGAUAGAACAAUAUCCCCACUACUAUCCACCUUCACAACACGACCCUCCAACCUCACUACCUCAAUCCGACCGUUAUCGUACACUGCGUCGAAGAUCUCUAGUCCGCAACUGGAACUCUAAUCGCGCCCUCGUCCAUAACCUUGUUGAGGACCGUCGUCUUAUACGCGACUUGAAGUGCGCAUACCACUGCGAACCGUCCUCGCAACCAUCAAGCCAUUUUCACCUACAAUGACAACAAUGAGAUGGAUUCAUAACACAACUUGAGGAUUCGGUACUUAGGAAAAUUAUGUGGCUAGAAGAUCUACCACAAGAUACCCAUGACACCUCCGCCUCGGCCGCCGUUACCUGGCCGCUCCGUCUCAGGGCAGAGUGAUGAAGGAAACGGCAAUACCUUACUUGCGCCUACAAGAAUUGGUCGAGAUGGUCGUUCGUACUCUUCUGCUACUGCAUUGAGUCGAGGCCAAUCGUAUGCGACCACAGCGCCUCCGCCAGGGAGCUUCAGUUCCGACCUCAAAUCUACCUACACACGGAGCGAGACGCCUCGUCCAGAGCUCGGUUCCUUUUCAAAUCUCGGGGGUGUUGAAGAAGAUGGGAACCCAAAUUCAGAACAAAGACAAGCUGAGAUAAGAGACCAGAUAGAUAAGGAGACGAAAAUCAAAAUUGGUUCAGAGAAUUUGCUAGAAGCACUAAAUUCCAAGAGUGCGAAGCAAUCUAGGGAUCAGAAGCUAAGAGUGGAAGCAGAAUUGAAUUCAUCUAAUAGAAAGAUCCAACAAUUGAAUUUGUACCUACAAGAAGAGAUCCAACGCUCACGGGACGUACCCAAAGAGACCACAGGGAGACUUUCACAACUUUUCCGCACCGCUCCCGGGCGAUCGCCAUCGCGGCAAGAUGGCUCGGAUGACGAAGGAGAGACAUUCGAACCGGAGACCGAGUCACCUACGUUCGUCCUAUCUGAAAUUCUUCAAGCACUGGAAGCUGACGCUAUGCAACCUGAAUUCUACGUGGGACACGCGAAUGCACUUGUGGAGCUAUUUAAACGACACCCGACUCUCAAGUAUGAUUUGGCAUGGUCCAUAUUUGGUCUACGCAUGCAGACAAUGCUGUUGAGUGACAGCCGUGAAGUAGCUGCGGCUGGAUAUCGACUCAUACGAUAUGCUAUCACAGACCGCCGCUCCCUCCAAACAAUCCGGGCAUUACACACAGACUACCUGGUUAUCCUGUCGCUGGUCAAAGAGAGCAAAGCUAGUGUGGAACGAGAGCAAGCACUCAAAUUUGUACGGGCUUUCCUUGAUGUGAAAGAUGGUGUCCAGGAAAUAUCAAGAUCCAUAAUCCGGAUCAUUGUAGCGAUCGCCGAGCACAGUGAAGAUCGAUUGAGGAAUAUCUGCACAAUGACACUUGCUGAGAUACUUAUCAGAGAUCCCCCACUUCUUGUGUCAGCGGGCGGAAUCGGUGCGUUGACUGAUGCUCUUGGUGAGGGCAACUACUACGCCGCUGAGAGCAUUGCAGGGGCAUUCCUAUAUCUCCUCGAUGUACCGAACCGUCGCAGAUUUCUGACAUCCGGCUACGAGCUGGGUGGUCCGUUUGCCUCUUUCACGGACUCAAGCGCUUCACAAGCCCAUGGACACGAAGAGCGACUGAGAGCGAACGCCAAGGUUAUUGCUGCACUCUUCAAGAGUUGGCCCGGCCUGCUAACGCUCUGCAUGAACGAUUUUAUCACAAUCAAAUCCCUAGUUGCUGCCCUUUACAAUCCGACAGCUCACGUCAGAAAUGUUCUUCUAGAGGUAUUUUUCGAUAUCCUGCGCAUCAAGCCCCCCUCGUGGUCUUCCUCGUUUUUGGCUGGGAGACGACUUACAACCUAUGGUCGUGUUACGAACUUGAAAACCGACAAGGUCAAAAGCCAGAUCGACGCCGAAGACGAAACGACGAAGUGGAGCCUCGUAGAUCACUUUACGUCGCUCGUUCUAUCUGUACUUAUUCAUUCAGGUCUCAUACCGGCGCUCUUAUUCGCCGAAGAAGAUACUACUAAUAUGACUAUGAAGCGCAAAACCAGUCUUCUGCUUGGAGAAGUACUAAAAAUGGCCCACGAAAUGUUACCGCAGUCAUGGGGUGCCGACUUGCAGGUUCUUCCGGGACUCCUCCGAACAGCAGCAAAACUCGGCUUCGAAGAACGCUUUGUUGCAAGUGGAACGAUAUAUCAAGUGGAUAGCGUUAGCAGAACCUUGUAUCGUUCGAACCAAACUUCACUCCAUGCGAAGACGGGUACUCAUUCAGAGCAAGAGCAGAAGAAAUCUGAAAUGGUACCCCCUCAAAUAGCCCCGCAGGUCGAUGAGGGUCAAUUCCGUACACAGAUGCUUGAUACGCAAGUUUUGAACACUGUAAAUUAUGCAAAGUGGAAUUGGCCUCUCAUUCAGAUCAUCAUUGAUGGAGCAUUACUGAAUCCGAAGCGUCUCGACGAGGCCCUACGAAGUACGAAGUUUGUGCACCGUUUGCUAGGAUUCUAUCGACCGUUCAAAUACCGUUUCUCGGAUAUCAAGAAUACUAAACCAAAUCAAAGAUACGUUCGAGCUGGGUGUGCACUGAUCCGCACAUUACUACAAAACCCUGACGGGAUCAAGUAUCUCGCGGAAAGCAAGUUCAUUCGGCAGCUUGCUGAAUGUUUGUCACAGUUCGAUCGACUCAGUGGUAUAACUUCUGACGUACCGAUUUUCUCUGUAGAUCGCAUCAGUGAGACUUUGACUGGGGGAUAUUUUGCUAUGCUCGGUGCGCUUAGCAAAGAUCCUAAGGGCCUAUACAUCCUUGAACGGUGGAAGAUUAUUAACAUGUUCUAUCAUAUCAUAGAGCUCAGACGGCGUGACGAUCUGAUCAAAACCCUCUUGAGUCAUCUAGACUAUGAUCUUGAUGGUCAUCUACGCAUCAUCGUUUCGAAGGCUAUGACAUCUUGCUCGAAGGAUGCUCGGAUAUUCUCGACAAGGCUACUACGAAGAUAUGCCACCAAACCGAUUCAGAGUCCUGAUGUUCCCGGAGCAGGCACUGCGGAGUGGGCCAUUCGUUUGCUUGUCACCCAGCUUUACGACCCCGAGAUAGAGGUCUGCGAGGUUGCUAUCAAGAUAUUGGAAGAGGCAUGCAACGAGAAGCAUUCUCUGGAGUUUGUGGUGAAGUGCAGACCUGCUCUUGAUCAUCUUGGAGAAAUUGGUGCACCUCUUUUACUUCGAUUCCUCUCCACUUCCGUUGGCUACCACUAUUUGGAUGGUCUUGAUUAUAUAAGCAGAGAGAUGGAUGAUUGGUUUCUAGGACGAAACGACACAUAUGUCGCUCUCAUAGAAGCAAGCUUAGCACGGGCACUUGCCGACGUCCCCGAGAAAACGCAGCAGCAACAAGGAGGUUUUGAGGAGACCCUGGAGGCCCAAGACUACGGUCUGGUCCCUCCGCAUUUCUACCGCGAAUUGACACGUACUAAAGAGGGGUGCAAGCUUCUUGAACAAAAAGGUCACUUUGAUGAGUUCACAGCUACAAUACAGGACUUUGGCCUUGAAGACGAAGAUGCGGAAACGAUAAUUAAGGUCAAAGGCUCUCUCUGGGCUGUCGGCAAUGUUGGGUCUAUGGCACUUGGGGCUCCGUUUCUCGAAAAGUCAGAUGUCGUAAAAUGGAUUGUUCAAAUUGCGGAGAAGUCGCUAGUACUAUCACUCCGUGGCACAGCUUUCUUCGUCCUUGGCCUUAUUUCAAGGAGCUUACACGGGCAAGAGAUCCUGCUCGAGUGCGGUUGGGAUGGGGCAGUGAACGAGAUGGGCGAUUCACUCGGAUAUUGUAUCCCUUUGGAGUUCACGAAACUAUUCUCAGUCCAAUCCUGGUCAUCCACAGUACCUAGGUCUCGAGCAAGAACAACUGCACUUGAGCCAAGAGUAUCUGUGACUGAUAGUGAUCCAACCAACGCGCGGAUCUUGAAAUUAGCAACGGAUCUAGGCAAUACUGUCCUUGCCAAGAAGGCUGCUAACGAUCUUCAUAGGUCUGUCGAACAAGUUGUAUACAGAAUAUGAUCACUAAUAUGGUAUAGCAUCAAAGCAAAGAAGGC